GGGAAGAAGGCGGCCUCCGGAAGCGGGUCCCGGCGGGAUGCGCGGCGCUGGCUGUCCCGGCCCGCCCCGGCCUAGGGGGGGAAGGCCCUCAGGAACAGGAGAGCUUUGGCAGUGAUGGAGCCAAACUGGUUUUAUAACCGUGCGGUGAAAAGGCGGACACCAGAACAUUAGUCGCGUUUCUAUUCCUGGCCAGCCCUGACUGGAAGACCGUCUCAACAUGGGGAGGAUCAGCAUCUCCUGCCUAUUUCCCGCUUCCUGGCAUUUCAGCCUCUCCCCCGUGGGGUGUCCCCGAAUUCUCAACUCCACCCUUCGCCAAAUUAUCGUCAUCGGAGUCCUCGCUGCCGCUGCGUCUCUGUUGUACUACUCUGUCGUCGUAAUCAGAAAUAAGUAUGGACGAUUGUCACGGGAUAAGAAGUUUCACAGGUACCUCGCCCGCGUUACCGACAUCGAAGCUACUGACACCAACAACCCCAAUGUGAACUACGGCGUGGUGGUGGACUGCGGGAGCAGCGGCUCUAGAAUUUUUGUUUAUUGCUGGCCCCGACACAACGGCAACCCCCACGAUCUGUUAGACAUCAGGCAGAUGAGGGACAGAAACCGAAAGCCCGUGGUCAUGAAAAUAAAGCCAGGUAUAUCAGACUUUGCCACCUCCCCAGAAAAAGCCAGUGAUUACAUGUCUCCACUCCUGAAUUUUGCUGCAGAACACGUGCCCCGUUCAAAACACAAAGAAACACCACUUUAUAUCCUCUGUACAGCUGGGAUGAGAAUCCUGCCCGAAAGUCAGCAGAAGGCAAUCCUGGAAGAUCUCCUGACAGACAUCCCAGUGCACUUUGACUUUCUGUUUUCUGAUUCUCAUGCAGAGGUUAUAUCAGGAAAGCAAGAAGGUGUAUACGCCUGGAUCGGUAUCAACUUUGUCCUUGGACGAUUUGAACAUAUUGAAGAUGAGGAUGAGGCAGUUGUAGAAGUGAAUAUUCCUGGUGGUGAAGACAAAGAUGCCUUUAUCCGUAAAAGGACAGCGGGUAUUCUCGACAUGGGCGGAGUGUCGACUCAGAUAGCAUAUGAAGUCCCCAAAACUGUAAGCUUUGCCUCCUCACACCAGGAGGAAGUAGCCAAAAAUUUGUUGGCUGAAUUUAACCUUGGCUGUGAUGCCCACCGUACCGAGCAUGUGUACAGAGUGUAUGUAGCCACAUUCCUUGGCUUUGGUGGGAACGCCGCUCGCCAGAGAUAUGAAGAUAGCAUAUUCUCCAACACGAUUUUGAAGAACAGGCUUUUAAAUAAACAGACAGGCCAGUCAGCCGAGUCUCCAUAUUUGGACCCAUGCCUACCCCUAGACAUUCAGGAUGAAAUUCGGCAGAACGGGCAGACCGUACACCUGCGAGGAACGGGAGACUUCACCCUGUGUCGGGAGACCAUUCAGCCAUUCAUGAAUAAGACAAAUGAGACGCAGACCUCUCUCAAUGGAGUCUACCAGCCCCCAGUGCACUUCCAAAACAGCGAAUUCUAUGGCUUCUCAGAAUUCUAUUAUUGCACCGAGGAUGUGUUGCGCAUGGGAGGAGAUUACAGUGCUGCUAAAUUCAUUAAAGCUGCAAAGGAUUACUGUGCAACCCGGUGGUCAGUCUUGCGAGAACGCUUUGACCGGGGACUUUACGCAUCUCAUGCCGACCUCCACAGGCUAAAGUACCAGUGCUUUAAGUCUGCAUGGAUGUACGAGGUAUUUCACAGGGGCUUUUCAUUUCCGGUCAACUAUAGCAAUUUAAAGACUGCUUUGCAGGUUUAUGAUAAGGAGGUGCAGUGGACACUAGGAGCAAUCCUUUACAGGACCCGUUUUUUACCGUUAAGAGACAUCCAGCAGGAGACUUUCCGGGCCAAUCACGCUCACUGGAGAGGCUUUUCCUUUGUCUACAACCACUACCUGUUCUUUGCCUGCUUCCUAAUUGUCUUGUUGUCCAUCCUGCUCUACCUGCUGCGGCUCCGGCGGAUUCACCGGAGGAUGCUAAGGAACGGUUCCUCUGCCUCACUCUGGAUGGAGGAGGGCGGCCUCCCGUCCCCGAAGAUUGGCGGAACCUUGUGAACCUGUGAGAUAAAGGGCUCUGAAAAGGCUCCCUAAGAAAAAGCCA